GCUGGAGUCGGGGCCGGGCUGAGGGGGUGGCCCCGGGGGACCCCGGCACGGAGAGACCCCGGCCCUGCUCGCUUCGCUUCCCUCGGGCUGGAGGCGGAGGGGCCGGGGGUGAAGCCCGGCCGGGCCCCGGCAGCCUCCCGUAACGGCGGCGGUGGGGGGGGCCCCGGGCGGCCCCGUCAGAGUUUGCACAUUUCAUUAGAAGGCGAUGCUCAUAACUGGGGAGUGUUGAUGAAGAGAUCCAGAGAUUGUUGCUGUUAUAUUUUCUGAUGACUAGACCCAGCCAAAGGACGUAGCACUGUACCAUGUUUCGCAAUGCCCUAGGAAAAACCUUUCGAUUUCUUGGGUAUACUGUGCAAUACGGCUGCAUAGCGCACUGUGCCUUUGAGUACCUUGGAGGAGUUGUUGUGUGUUCUGGACCUUCAAUGGAACCAACAAUUCAAAAUUCUGAUAUUGUCUUUUCGGAGAACCUUAGCCGACACUUUUAUUGCAUUCGAAAAGGAGAUAUUGUAAUUGCGAAAAGCCCCAAUGACCCCAAAUCAAAUAUCUGUAAAAGAGUAAUUGGCUUGGAAGGGGAUAAAGUCUGCACAAGCAACCCUUCAGAUUUCCUUAAGAGUCACAGCUAUGUGCCUAAAGGACACGUUUGGUUAGAAGGUGAUAAUCUCAGGAAUUCUACUGAUUCCAGGUGCUAUGGACCUGUUCCUUAUGGACUGAUAAGAGGACGCAUUUGUUUUAAGAUAUGGCCUCUGAAUGACUUUGGAUUUCUACGUGCAAGCCCCAAUGGCCAUAGAUUUCUUGAUGAUUAAAAGAAUGAAGUGUCUAUUGCCAGCUUCCAUAUUAUUUUAUACUGAAAUAAAUUGAGUUAUUUUUAUUUAGAAUAGACACAAGUAUUACUUGACAAAGAUGUCUCUUUCUGAGAUUACAACUACCUUGAAAUCAGGAAUGAUACACCGCUGCCAUCAUCAAAAAUGACAUGCCUCUUACUCUGUUUCCUCUGGUUAUUCACAGUAAGUGCUUGGAUUUAUUUGAAGUUUUGUAUUUUCCUACAAAACAAAGUUUACACUGACUGACAACAAGGGAUGAAGGUGGCAAUGCACUAUUAUCACACACCUAGAAACACACUUAAGUUAUAUCUACCUUCAUAAGUAUUGUGGCACACUAGGAUUGAAACAAGAGUAACAACUGGCUUCAGGAUCUGCUGCCCAUUUACCCAAAUGUGGUUUGUAGGGUUUUCUUCAACUAGUUUGAGCCGGUAUAUUUCCAGCAGGGAUCAAAGCACACAAUCCUGGUUAGUUUUCAUCUAUGGAAUGAAGACUGCAUUCAUUCAGAUGAUGGAUGAAGUCAAUUCUAAAGUAUACUACUGGUCCAAAUUGAAAAGUUAAUGUAGAUGCACUGUAUAGUACAGUGAAUCGGCAGUGUGCCUGCUACGUGGUACAGUGCCUGCUAGAUCUGCAACUCUGUCACCUCUUUCUAAGGCUUAGUCCUUUAAAGAUUUUAAAGGUGACUAAAAUAUUUAGCACAGAAAUAGAAAACGUUCCUUUUUCCCAUUAAUGUGCUUUAUUACUCAUUAUGUUCAAAGCAUUCUCAUAUGUAUGCCUCCUGAUUAAAUUUUGUCACCUGAGCCUUCAAAAGGAUUUAACUUAAGAGGU